AUGGCAACCCAAAAUCAAAACCAGCAACAACAGAAGAAGAACAAAGAGGAUUUCUCUCUGAAGGUGACAACUCCAAACAUCAAUGCCGGAAGAGUGAUCAGUGGUGACAGACUCCCCACUGCAUUCGACCUGGUUGAGAAAAUGCAGUUUCUGUUUGCGAGGGUGGUGAAGGCCAAACGUUUAUGUGCAUGUCAACCUUGCAACCCUUAUGUGAAAGUGAACCUUGGAAGCUUUACAGGAACAACAAGAUGCUUGGAGAAAACCACAACUCCGGAAUGGAACCAUGUCUUUGCUUUUUCCAGGGAAAGGAUUCAAGUGCCUGUUCUGGAAGUUGUGGUUUGGAACAAGAAAUGUUGUGACCCUGAUGAGUUAUUGGGUAGUGUUGGAUUCACAAUUUCUGAUGUUCCCAUGAGGGUCCCUCCUGAUAGCCCCCUGGCACCACAGUGGUACAAGCUUGAGGAUCAGAAAAGGGUGAAGCUUGAUGUAGAGUUGAUGUUGUCUGUUUGGAUGGGAACUCAAGCAGAUGAAGCUUUUCCUGAGGCUUGGCAUUCAGAUGCAACAGAGACUUGUGGUGAAAACAUUGCUCACACUCGUUCGAAGGUAUAUAUUUCUCCUAGGCUUUGGUAUCUCAGAGUUAAUGUGAUUCAAGCUCAGGAUUUGUUGCUCAAACUUAAGAGUGGUAAUAAUUCUGAUAUUUUCAUCCAAGGUGUUGUGGGGAACUUGGCUCUGAGGAGCCGUUUUAGGAAGAGUAAUGCAAACCCUAUGUGGAAUGAGGACUUGAUGUUUGUGGUGGAAGAACCCUUUGAUGAUUGUUUGUUACUGACACUAGAACAAGGGAGUUACAGCAAGCAUGAGAGGGUGGGAAGUUGUGUGGUUCCUUUGAAGAAUGUGCAGCAGAGAACUGAUGCUACUCCACCAGCUAGUGUGUGGUACAAUCUUCACAUGCCAAAGGAAAACAAGGGUGAAGAGAAGGUAAAGUUUUCAAGUAAACUCAACAUGAGGAUCUCUUUGGAUGGAGGGUACCAUGUUCUUGAUGAGGCCACACACUACACCAGUGAUCUCAGGCCAUCAUCAAGAAACUUGUGCAAACCAAGCAUUGGUGUUCUUGAAUUGGGAAUUCUUAAUGCUGUGGGGCUGUCUCCAAUGAAGAAGGAUAACCGCACUGAUGCAUUUUGUGUAGCAAAGUAUGGUCCCAAGUGGGUGAGGACAAGAACCGUUGUGGAUAGUCUUUCUCCUAAGUGGAAUGAGCAAUACACAUGGGAAGUUUAUGAUCCUUGCACUGUGAUCACCAUUUCCGUGUUUGAUAAUGGAAACUUGAGUGCAGCAAAAAGUGGUGGAGGAAAAAAACCAGAAGAAGCACUUGAUAAGAGAAUCGGCAAGGUAAGGAUUCGUUUGUCCACUCUUGAAAGUGACAAGAUUUACACUCACUCUUAUCCACUGAUAAACUUGCAAACUCAAGGAGCAAAAAAGAUGGGAGAAAUUCAAUUAGCUGUGAGAUUUUCUUGUCCAUCUAUGUUGAAUGUUUUGCAAACAUAUGCACAACCUUUGCUCCCAAGAAUGCACUACACAAGCCCUUUGUCUAGAUUUCAGUUGGAUAGUUUGAGAAACCAAGCUGCAGUGAUCACAACACUGAGAUUCAGAAGGGCUGAACCACCACUGAGUAAAGAGAUUGUUGAGUACAUGGUAGACAUGGGUGCAAAUGUGUGGAGCAUGAGAAGGGGAAAAGCUCAGUUCUACAGAAUUGCUGGUCUUCUGAGUUUUCUUGUUUCUGCUGCUAAACAGUUUCAUGAGAUACAUUCUUGGAAGAGUACAGUCACCACAGUGGUUAGUUACUUCAUGUUUGUGUUCAUCAUUUUCCUUCCUAAAAUGAUUCUGCCAUCAGCAUUUUCCUUCCUCUUUAUGGUUGGAAUUUGGCGCUAUAGAACAAGUGGUGACAACUUGAAGAAAAGGUAUGAUCGGUUAAGAGCAGUUGCAGGGAGGGUGGUGGAAGUGAUGGCUGAUUUGGCAACUCAAGGAGAAAGGGUUCAAUCUUUGCUGAGUUGGAGGGACCCAAGAGCAACCGUUUUGUUCGUUAUUUUCUGCUUUGUGGCAGUUAUUGUGACAUGUUUUGUUCCUUUUCGCAUUUUGAUGUUGGUUUGGCUGAGUUAUGUGUUGAGACCUCCGAGAUUUCGAAGCUUUGAUAUUCCUGCAGUUCCACAGAACUUCCUCAGGAGAAUGCCUGCAAAAUCAGAUAGCAUGCUGUGA